UUGUGAGAAGAUAAUGGAGGAAGAACUGACUUACGUGACGGUGAAUUUCAAGAAGAACUGUAUUUCUAAACACGAGAAACCAAAUGAACUGGAAAUAAUCUACGAUGAGGUGAAGACAUGGACUGAGCAGACACUGGAUACAAAACCUGCCAUACCAGAUGAUGAAAAGAGAGCUCCGCUGUGCACGCUGCUUCACCUGGUGGCAGCAGGUUUGGGGAUCAUUUGUAUCAUCUUGUUGUUGGUCGUCGUCAUACUCAGCAUCCACUUCAGCUCGGCCCUGUCAGAAAACACAAACUUAACAGCUCAGAAGCUGCAGCUGUGGACAGAAAUGACGGAGUUAGGGAGACAGACAGAAGAGCUGACCAGACAGAGAGACGGACUCAACUGGACCAUGGAAGUCAUCAUGGAACAUAAAAACUUCCCAGUGGAAGCAUACUGCCCACAGAAAGUGUGUAAACCUUGCAUGGACGGCUGGGUGCCAUUUCAGUCAAAGUGCUAUUUCUUUUCAACAUCCAUAUCUUACUACGACUGGAAAAGUUGGCACGAGAGCCGUAUAGAAUGCAGACGGCUUGGGGGAGAUCUUGUCGUGAUUGAAAGCCAGGAGGAACAGGAGUUCAUCAAUAACCACACAAUAGACUACAAUGAUGAAAUGCAUGGCUACUGGCUGGGCUUGAGUAAGACGGAAGGCACGUGGGCGUGGGUCGACCGAAGCAACUUCACUGUGACGUACUGGACACCACAACAUUCUGAAUACUACAAAUCUUGUGGUCUGAGUCAGCCAAGAAAGGAACCUCUGGCCAACUGGCUCAAAGUGAGCUGUGAGAUGUGGAACCGCUGGAUCUGUGAAACAAGAGCUUUGAUCAAACCGGAUUAGAAAUCAGACCCAGUAUCAGUGCAGGUUAUUUAAUCUAUAACUGUCUACUAUGGAUGUAGUGGGGAUUUUUUGUAAAAAAAAAAAAAAAAAGAUAAAAAAAGAUGCUUUUCCUUUUUUUCUUUUAACUUCACAUUUAAGUUUAUAUUUUUGUUUUUCAAAUUUAUUGUAAAGUUUCCAUUUGUACAAAUGUAGAAAACCAUCGUCUUUAAUGCAUGUAUGACUUGAAGAUAUAUAUAUACUGUAUAGAUUUAGAUUAAAGAGAUCCGAAUAAAGCAAGAAGUCCUUCAAAUUAUACUUAAUUGUAAAGGUUGUU